GCAAAGAGAAGAAAAAUGGUGGGGCAUAAGAACACAAUUUUCUUAGUAAUGGUUGCUACCUUGAUGGCAAAGGAGGCAUUGGCUGCUCAACAUGUUGUUGGUGGAAGCCAAGGCUGGGAUCAAUCCACAGACUUUAAUUCUUGGAUUUCAGGCCAAACAUUUCAGGUUGGAGAUCAACUCGUUUUCAAGUACUCUUCAUUGCACAGUGUGGUUGAGCUAGGAAGUGAGAGUGCCUAUAAAAAUUGUGAUAUUAGCAGUGCAGUGAAGACAAUGAGCAGUGGCAAUGAUGUGGUUAAAUUGAACAAACCAGGCACAAGGUACUUCACUUGUGGUACCUUAGGCCACUGUGGCCAAGGCAUGAAGGUCAAGAUUACAAUUGGGAAUGGAGCUUCUUCCCCUUCAUCCUCACCAUCUUCGUCGUCGUCGUCAUCUUCAUCUUCUUCUUCUCCUGCUGCUAUUUCUGCUGCUUUGACAUCUCAGGGCUUUGCCUCUUUUGCAGUACUCAUUGUUGCAUUUUCAGUGUCCACCAUGCUUUCCUUGUUUUAAAUGAAGUAUGGAUUAUGAACUAUGAACUAUGUCUAUAUGUGUAUGUAUAUUGUUAACCAUAACUUUCUUUAUGCUUUGCUACUUUGAGCUUUUUCAUUUUAUGUAUUUUCCUUGGAAUAUUAGAAUUCCCUUUGAUAGAAAUAUAUUUUAUAAUUGAUUAUGGUA